UCAAAGCGGCGUGAAACGGAACCAAAACAAACCCUCAACUUGCCCCGCCGGUGCUCACGAGGCUUUCCGUGCACUUCAGGAUGGAUCUUCCGUGCGUCCAGUGGCAAGACCACGUCGCCCAGAAAUGGACCGGACUCGACCCCGAGUCGAAGGAGCAUUUCGCGUCCCUGACUGAAGUAGAUGCUGUUUUUAAAAGUGCCUUAACUCUGACAACCCUGGAUGAUCUGGAUUUUCUGCAGUCAAUCUCUGCAACAUACUCCAUGCAGAAGGACACGGAGCAGGCGGCCAAAUGCAGGGAGAGGGGCAACUGCAGCUUCAAGACCAGAGACUACACCGCAGCCGCUCUGCACUACUCGCAGGGCGUAAGUUUCGCUCCCCUAAGUUCGGAGCAGCUGCCUCUGUGUUACGCCAACCGCUCUGCUGCCCUCCACCAUCUGCAGCUCUACCAGGAUUGCCUUAAUGACAUUGACAAAGCCCUGACAAAUGGCUACCCCUCUCACCUUCAGCACAAACUAGAAGACCGUCGCACACAGUGUCUCAAACACGUUUCUCAAGGUCAAAAGGCGAAAGACGACCAUCAGGGUCCCGCCUCAAAGCAUCAUGAAGAUCCAGACGGAGUCACAGCACCGUCUCUCACAAGUGAGAUUUGUCCUCAAGCUGCUGUUGGCUUCAGCACGGAGAAAGGGCGACACUUGGUGGCUGCGCAGGGAAUAGCCGCUGGGGAGGUGAUCCUCCAUGACAGGCCGUACAGCUGUGUCCUCAUACCGGGGAUGGAGGAGGUGCAAGGGAAGAGUGGAUGGCCGGACACCGAGAGAGGAGAGUUCGGGACCGAGCACAGGUGCUGUCACAGGUGUUUGACGGACACGCUGUGUCCUGUGCCGUGCGACGGGUGUAGUUACAGCCGAUACUGUUCACCCGGCUGUCAGCGGGAGGCCUGGGAGGAACAUCACCGCUGGGAAUGUCCGCUGGGAGCAGAUUUGACGGCGCUGGGUGUGAUGUCACAGCUCGCUCUGAGGGUGACCCUCAAGGCGGGGUUAAAAAACAUCCAAAUGGCCAGGGAACCAAUCAGAGACAAGCCGGGCUGCAUAGAGUCUAGUGAGACCCAUCCAGGUCACCACAGUGACUCUUACCUGAGCGUGUUUCACCUGCUUCACCACCUGAAUCGACACAGCCCCGCUCUGCGUUUCCUGAACGCAGUUACCGUAGCAACAGUCUACCUGAAGCUCAGCAAGGCAGGACCUCCACCCGCAUCUUGGGACCUUGGGAACGGCCAGUCACCACACGAGGAUGGAGGCGACGGAGAUUGGAGCACGAAGCUGUGGCUGAUGGGAAGUGCGGUCCUGAGGCACGUCCUGCAGCUUAGGUGCAACGCUCAGGCAAUCACCGUGCUGCAAGACGCAGGAGCAGCAAACUCACGAGUGCAGUCCCGCAGGGAACUCCGCAUUGCCACGGCAAUAUUCCCAACUCUUAGUCUCCUGAAUCACUCCUGCUCUCCGAACACCAGCGUGGCGUUCAACACUGGAACUAGUGUUGAUCCCUCCGGGUCGGAUCUGUCCGCGGACUUCGGCGGGGCUGUAGCUGAGCACGGCAGCAUGACUCGCGGAGUCACUGUAACUGUCAGAGCAGCCAAGGUGAUCAAAGCAGGACAAGAGAUCCUGCACUGCUACGGUCCUCACAGCAGUCGGAUGGUGACCCAGGAACGGCAGCAUCUCCUGCGGGAACAGUACUACUUCCUGUGUCAGUGUGAGGCCUGCACCCUGACCCAGGAGGACGGCGCAGAGUUCCGACCGCAGCGGUCGGGUGGUGAAGCUGCUCGACGCAAUUCUGGACUCCUGUGCUGCAAGUGCAAAGGAACACUCAAUAAAAGCAGUGGGGACAAAGGAACAGGAUUUAUAUGUCCGAAGUCGUCCUGUUCUCAUUACGUGUCGCCGUCUGAAGUGAGCCUCGGGCUGCAGGAGAUCAGGGUCGACCUGGACAAGGCUGUGGACCUCAUGGAGAGAGAGCGGCCCGAUGCGGCUCUGAGACUGUUGGAUAAGGCUCAGACUCAGGCUGGACGAAUCCUCGCGGAGACGCACCCUCUACAAGGGGAGCUGGCUGAUGCCAUGGCCAGAGCAUAUGCUACAAUGGGUGACUGGAAGAAUGCAGCAUCCCAUCUGGAGCGCAGUGCCGCAGCAACUGGCUCCCAGUACGGGGACGACAGCAUCGAACUGGGUCAGCAGCUCUUCAAAUUAGCUCAGCUCCACUUCAACGGGGGUGCCCGAGGCCCGGCCCUCUCCGUCAUCCCCGAGGUCAGACGACUCCUCUGUCUUCACUGUGGCCCCCGCUGCCAUGAAUUACAGGAGCUGCAGGCCAUGGAGGACUGUCUCCGAGGGUAGUCUUGAACACAUGCAGGAGUUAUUAAAUAAAACUGAAACUAUCUGAUUGUGCACUUUUA